AUGGCACAAAUGUUCCCCUCUGUGCCGGGGUAUGACGGUCCGUUUAGUUUAAAGGACUUCUUGCAUAACUAUAUCGGUUUGCAGCUGCGUUGGAGCACACCUCAGGAAAAUUCCACCACUUUACCUCCCUCAAACUCGAACGUUGUCGUUGUGCCCCCGACGGGAAACUUUCAUGUUGUAGUGUAUGUUUCACGGUCCGCGCCUCCACCCCAGCGGUCCGUACGUUCUGUCGCGGUACUGUCUUCGUGUAGUAAUAAAAUGGAUGGAGACCAUCCGCAGCCAUCGGUGCCAACACAUUUUCAUGGGAGGCCGCUAACUUCCUCAGUACUGAAGCACCCCUUUUGGGACGCUCUCUUCUCGCAGAUUGGGCCAACAGCUGUCAGUUUCAUCGUACUCUGGGCCCCUAUAGUUGUGCAAUUUGAGGCGUCUGGUGGUGGCCUACAGGUGUUGGGCCCCCCUCUGAAGCGUAGCGCCUCCUGCGCGGUGAAGCGUCAGCCAGGUGCUGGCUGGUGGGAGGGAAAAUUAAAGGUGUCACGGACUGAAACACUAACGCAGAAUGACCCUCACUGCUUCUGUAUCGAGGGGACAUCAUCCCCUGUGGCAUUGUAUCGUUUAAAUGUUCCUCGCCUGCAUCUUGUUGAACAGUCACCCUUGAGGAGUACCGCGGAUGCUCGCCAUGCCGUUACUCUCAUCCUGGAACAGUUGUGGAUAGAGCAUCACAAAUCGAGCUGCUCUCCCUCGUCCGAUAGGGACAUUUCUCAGCGUCUCUGCGGCGUCGCCACAGGUUCCGCCACGAAUUGCUGCGGCGAUAGUUGUGUUGUCUUGGCGCAGGCUAGAAAUCAAGUUAAUGCCGUUUUCCCGUACACUUUGUUGCCUGUUCACGACGACGCUGUGUCUGGUAAUGGAACCGUCAAGGAGUAUCUCAUCCAUGUGCUGCACUGUGCGCUGGGGAGCGUGUGCCGUAUGAACAUACGCGGGGCUGCGAUAAAACAUACCGAAUUCUUGGAAAAACGUGGCAAAUCUGUUACCAGCAUUUCUCAGAAGGCGCAGACCGCCGGGCAGGAGAAUAAGAUGCGCGCGAUUCCUGUUGGUGAGCUGACUGUGCCGGAGCCCGUUGUGGCUUCGUAUCUGGAAACUCUCUUUAACAUGAUGUGGUGGCGUGUCCCUCCACGUUUUGUUGGCGGUGCGGUAACUGCCGAUCGGGUUAAAUUUUGGGGUGAAGAAGGAACUGUGCUGACAAGGUUGCGCGAGGUUACUGUGGAUUGGUUGUGCUGCGGAAGACAUGAGGUAUUUCUUUUGAGUCAUUUCUUGGAUGGGGUGCCCGUUUCGAGGAUUCCUUGGCUACGUGGUUUCUACACGAAGGAGCCUGCACGAAAGCGGCGGUCCAUGAUUCAGCAGCGAGUGUUCCUGCAGCUUGUGCUCUUCCUCUAUCAAUGCGUGGUACCAUUUUUGAUCCGUCGUUCGUUCCAUGUUGCUUGUACCUCUAAAAGCCCGUAUAUAUUUUUUUUCAUACCAAGGGCUGUUUGGGUACGCCUCACUCGUCGUGAAAUGCGACGUGUGUGCAUUCGUCGCGUAAAAAGAAUGCGCUCCGAUACUUUAUCAGACCCACAAAUGAGGGGGCACGCGGGGUUACCGCCAAUGGCGCUGGAGCGUGUGACUUCCGAAGGACUGAUGCAACUGAUAGGACCCUCGUCACAGCCGGUAGGUGAUGACAGUGGCGGCGUAAGCGAUGUUUGCAAACUCCGUGACAGUUCCUCACCACUUUUAUAUUCGGAUGUCCGUUUUUUAGUUGAUGGUAGUAAACUGCGGCCCAUCGCCCGUCCUCGGUUUGGCUGGCAGCGCUCGCUUUUGAAAGCUGCCGACGGGGUUGGGUCGUCAACGCUUGCUUCAGCCCUUGCAAAGGCGGGGAAGUAUUUGGCAACGGAUGGUAAAGCCAUGUGGCCGUCCCCUAACUCUGCUGUUUUACGGGAUGCUUUGCGGUGCCUUGAUGCGGGGGUGGAGGAGCGACGUAUUACAACAGGGGCAAGGCAACGCGCCAUUGGAUCUCACAAUGAUGAAUAUAUUGAAGUGCGGUCAUUUAUUCAAUGCGCAAGGCAGUUUUGUACCAUACCCACGUUGGUACAGGGUGAAACAUCAGCGGCGCUGUUGGCGGAUGCUACUGCCGUAACAAUGGUGCGUGGCGACGCCGCGCGGUGUUACGACCAUUUACCGCAGGAGGCAGUAGUGAAUAUCAUGCGGGGUCUCGUCACGCACGAGACUUAUUACUCACUUAAGCUGACCGUUGUUACGCUGACUACGGUCAAAAAUGUUAGCAAAAAGACUAGAAGUAGUCAUGCAGAAAGUCAAUUAUCGUCGAUGAAGGAGACGAAUGGUUCGACUGUCAAGCACCGGAAGCUACAGUUGAGCAAACGUGUCAAACUUGUACCCGGGAGGUACGUACAAGAAGGCGUUCUCUAUGGUAUUGCUCGAGGAUGCAUUGCUUAUGAGGAACAGUCGGUAGGCUCCGAUUCCUUGGUAAGCGGCGAGGAGAUAAGAAGUGUGCUGCAGAAACAUCUGCAGUCGCACCUCGUGAUGCUGAACGGCAAGAUGUACAUACAGCGUAUGGGUAUAAAUCAAGGAUCUGCUGUGGCGAUGUUGCUUUGUGAUCAACUUCUCGAGCGAGUUGAUGCGGCCCUUUCCAGUAUUCUCUCUGAACACGAGGAACCAGCGCUGUUGCUGCGUCGCGUGGAUGAUGUACUGGUGGUAACACUCUCUCGUGCUGCAGCGUCACGGUGCGAAGACGCUUUACGCAGUGGUUGGUCCGAAAUUGGUUUCUUCUGCCAGGAGGAGAAAUUGAGAAGAGUGACUUGUGGCCAACCCGUACGCUGGUGUGGGCUCCUUUGGGAUCCGGUAACCUUGGAGUUUGCAGUGGACUGGGCGCGGCUGGCCAAGAUGAUGCCAUAUCUCGCCGUGCGUCCCAGGACAGGGUGUGAGCCACUACUUUCCUCACUACGUUUUAUCAGGAUACUUCGACUUCGAACGCCGAUGACGGCACUCUGCCGACAAAUAAACAGUAAGUCCCGUGUGGUGCAGACGUUAUACGAGAUCGGUCUGCUCUGGUCCCGCUUCUUCUUGGACAAACUGAAGGCCAACGCUGCCUUUUUUAGGCCGCAUGUGCGCACUAUAUUACAACCUCUUGCCCUUGCGACUGCUACGCUGCGUCGCCUGGUGCGGAAACAUUCCUUUGACCUGCAGCGGCUGGGUUCUUUUUGCGACGUUACUGAUGUUGAAGUACGACUUUGUAUUUCCGCCGCGCUCUACCAUACACUCCAUCAGCGGCUGGCGUUCAUGAUCGGCAGGAUGUCGAGCGUGGGGAAGAAAAAGUUCCUGAUAUUAAUGACGGCGGUUUUAAAACGAAAAAUGGGAGAACUGGGAUCUAGGAUCAACAGGAAUAAUCAAAUGGAAUCUUCUCUUCCCUCUGCAGCUGAUUUGUUGCUGGUGGAGGGCGGUGAUGGCGUAGUUUCAAGGGGUCUUGCGGCAGUGCGUUUCAGACCUGUCGAAACUGUGCGGUUUCAGGGAUGUGCGACGCGCUCUGCAUGA